AAAAAAAAAGAAAUUGUUGAGGACCUGCAAUUAACUAUAUAUACCAACAAGUGUAACAGCUGCAAUAAAACCACUUUAAACUCCUUCAGUUUCUUCGAAAGUUCGAUCCAGCCAAAAAAAUGUCGUCGUCACGUUCACAGAUCUGCUUGGUCGUCGCGGCCCUAACGCUGUCGUUUUUCGUAUCGGCGUUUGCCGACGACGUCGUUGUGUUGACGGAGGAGAAUUUCGAAAACGAGGUCGGUAAAGAUCGCGGAGCUCUCGUCGAGUUUUAUGCUCCUUGGUGUGGACAUUGUAAGAAGCUUGCUCCUGAGUUUGAAAAGCUUGGUGCAAGUUUUAAGAAGGCAAAGUCUGUUCUUAUUGGCAAGGUUGAUUGUGAUGACCAAAAGAGUCUCUGUAGUAAGUAUGAUGUUUCUGGAUACCCCACCAUUAAGUGGUUCCCCAGGGGGUCUCUGGAGCAUAAAAAAUAUGAAGGUGGAAGGACUGCCGAAGCCCUUGCCGAAUUUGUUAACAAUGAAGGAGGGACAAAUGUGAAGAUUGCUUCAGUCCCUUCAAACGUUGUGGUCUUGUCUCCAGAGAACUUCGAUGAGAUUGUGCUCGAUGAAAAAAAGAAUGUACUGGUUGAGUUUUAUGCCCCUUGGUGUGGGCACUGCAAGCAGCUGGCUUCUACCUACGAAAAAGUUGCAACGGCAUUCAAGCUAGAGGAAGAUGUGGUCAUUGCAAAUCUUGAUGCUGACCAACACAAGGACCUUGGGCAAAAGUAUGGUGUUAGUGGUUUUCCCACGUUGAAGUUCUUCCCAAAGAACAACAAAGCUGGUGAGGAUUAUGAUGGUGGCAGAGAUUUAGAUGACUUUGUUACUUUCAUCAACGAGAAGUGUGGUACUAGCCGAGAUGCGAAAGGACAGUUGACUUCCAAGGCUGGUAUUGUGGAAAGCCUUGAUAACUUAGUGAAGGAAUUCGUAACUGCAACAAAUGAGGAUAAGAAAGCUAUACUCAAGCGGUUGGAGGAAGAAGCUGAUAAGCUCGAGGGUUCCUCCGCCAGGUAUGGGAAGAUCUAUGUGAAAGCUGCUAAGAGCAGCCUGGAAAAAGGUUCCGAUUACGCUAAGAAUGAAGUUCUUCGUCUGGAGCGCAUUCUUACCAAGUCAAUCAGCGCAACAAAGGCCGAUGAGUUCACACUGAAGAAGAAUAUUCUAUCGACCUUUGCAUCUGACCAGUGAAAAGGAUUGCAGCUAUUGAUGCUUUCAUGCUAUCGGCCUUUAACUUCACGCUUAUUGUUCGCACCUUUUUCAGGGAUUUUUGAGUUUUAUCUAUCCAUUUCACAUGGACUACACAUAUUAUGGAGUCCCUUAGGACUAGCUCGGAAAAACAUUUGAACGAGGAGAACACAUUACGAAUUACUUGUUUUCAACAGUAGCAAUAAUGUAACUUUUUUCAUAGGGAACUUUUGGUGUUUAUGACUUUACUUUUUGUGACUGUGAGAUGAAAAAACGAUGACGGAUUUUGCAGAAUUACGAACGUUAUUUGAGCAGCAUCUUUUCAUGUUGUUUUAAUAUAUGCUAUUGAGGCCUACGAGGUGAACCUGAUUUGAAAAGUUGCAAUAUGCAUAUUUUGUAGUUAACCAACGACAUUUCUUAUUCUGUCUGGAGUGCAUAUAGUCCACUUUUCUUCUUACAACACUUCUGUAGGGGAGAGAUAAAUUCAUUGGCAUGACCGAAUUGUUAAGGUUUACAUUAUGCAAACUGAAUAGAUAGUUCGUGUUGUGAAUCAGAAGUUUUUGUUCUGAC